AUGUUAGAAGGGUGUGCUGAAAUAACCGGCUUUCCCGUGUCAAAGACUAGUGCACAUCUAUUACACUUAAGAUCGUUGCUCAAAGUGACCGCUCUACGGGAGCAUUGGGAUGAGGCCAACGCACGCGUACUUCAGCGAAAAGCGCAACUCGACGCCAUGUUGGGUGACUCGCAGCGAUACGAAGCGCGCAGGCGCGACGCUGACGCGUGGCUCUCGCGUAUGGAAACCCGGCUGGCCGCUAUGACUGCGCCUGGGCACACAGCCGACGUACUCGAGAUGCAGCUUAGAGAACAAAAGUCGUUCCAUGCGGAAGUUCACCAGUACAAACAUCAGAUUGAAUUGUUCGGUCAGCUCACGCAGAGGCUGAUAGCUGUGUACCGAAACGAUGACACUACAAGGAUCAAACGAGCAACAGAAGCGAUCAAUCAUCGAUACAACGAGCUUAACAAUAGUAUCAUUGCGCGUGGAAAAGCACUUCACUCAGCUGUGUCGUCUCUGCAAAACUUUGAUCGGUCACUUGAAAAAUUCGUAGCCUGGCUAAGCGAAGCGGAAUCAUUGCUGGAUGCGGCAGAAAGGGAUCCUCAUCUGCUCAAGGUAAGUUAUUCUUUUACGGGUCAUUACAUUAUCAGCGGGGCGCCGGGCGAUGCAAGCUUCCCGUCAGUCGGCCGGCGGACGCCGUGCGCGACGCACGCUUCGCGCCAUGUGACACUGCCUGCGGCAGCCAUGACCGAGGGGGCGGGCAGGCCCAGGCCCGCGCCGCCCCGGAAGCCGGACUCUUUGACUCUCGCAUGGCCACGAUGGGACGAUCCUCCCCCCACCCGCGCCGGAUACAAAGCCUCCGCAUCCUAUUACUGA